AUCCCGUUCUCUCUAGUGUAUUUCAUAUCGAUGGUAAAAACGCCGCGCGUUCGCGUUAAUAUUAUUGUUAAAUAAACAAAAUUGUUCGUAAAAAAAACGUGUGCAAUGUGUGAAAAAAAUGUGCACGAUAGGUGCAUGUGCUUUAUUAAAACACAAGCGUGAUGCGCGCUGACGACAGCAGUAGCAGCAACAACAACAAAUAUCUCUAGCGCUGUUUGCGCCCACACCAACAACAACAACAACAACAACGGUAGCAGCAGUAACAACAACAACAGCUACAAGCAGACCAAUUGAGUGUGAGGAGAAGAGCCAAGCAACAGAAGCAGCAGCAGCAAGCAACAAAGUGCCAAUAUAAUAACAAUGUUUAAUUAGGCGCCACGGAUACGCUUACAAGACACAUAUAUAAAUAUAUAUACAAAAAUAUAUUUUUGUGCGCUUACUCCUCAUACAUAUUCCUUUAACAAGCGCAAACAUAAAACAACAACAAACUAGCGUGCAAGUAGUUGUCUUCGUAUGUGUAUGUUCGUUCGUGUGUGUGUACGCGUGUAUGUGUGACAGCAGCAGCAGCAACAACAACAACAACAAUCGGAUCGUUUCGGUAACGGGAGCCGCGCAAAGAGGGAACACGUUACAAGUAUGAUAAAAAGAAAUCAAGAAGAAGAAAUACAAAUAAUCAAUUAAAUGCAACAGCGAGAGAGCGGGAGAAAAAAUAAAAUAUAUAUAUAUAAUCAAGAGUUGGCCUAAUUGAUGUGUGCGGAGCUCAUUUUUCGGUUUUCGGUUUUUUGUUCAUUUCUUUCAUGCAGCGAAUGAACCGUGAAAAUGAAUAUGAAAAUAAAUGUAAAAUAAUUUAACGAAAAAAAAAAGAAACGUGAGGCAAAAAGAAAUUAUUAUCUGUGUUGUGGUUGCCUUCUUCUUGCGUUUCGUUUAGCGUUGCGUUUGCGUUUUGCGUUACGUUGCCUUUGUUUGCGUUUUUUGUGUGUGGUGAUUUGCUUACGUCGUCGCCGUUGUCGUCGUGCAUUUAUUUCCUGUUCUCCUCGCACUUGCAUGUGUGCGAGUGUGUGUGUGUGUGCUUUCGCGACGUUUUCUUAUCAGCAACAACAGUUACGGGUUCAAGUUCGUCGCCGUCAGCAACAACAACAACAACAUCAACUGCUACUUCAGUUUGGACAACAAUAACAACAAUUAGAAACGUGACUAAUGCACUGCUCGCGUAGCCUCUCAGCUGCUGCGGAUACAACAACAUUUUUUAGCGCAGCGGCAGCGGCAUCAUCGUCCUCUGCCAGCACAACGCCAACAAUGGCCACAACAGCAACAACAACAACAACUUCAGCUAAAGAUGGCGUCACAAUGCGGGAGAAGAAAGGCGGCGCCCUGCAGAAGCUCAAAAAGAGGCUAUCGCACAGCUUUGGCAGAUUAACAAUUUCCCGCGAGGAUGGCGACGACUCGACACAUCAUCAUCACCAUCAUCAUAAUCAUCAUCGCGGCGGUGGCGCUCAUCAUAAUCACGGUAAUAAAGUUCCAUACAAUGGUUACAAUUCGGAGGAGUAUCUGGAUCGCCUGGAACCCAAUGGCAAUAUACCCGCUGACAAAACAAAUUGCAGAUAUGGCGCACAAGAAUCUGCGAAAAAUGAUAAUAAUAAAUCACAAGACUGGCGCAGCACGGAUAGCACCGACCAUCAUGAUCGCGUUCAGCGGCAAUUGUCGGUAUCGUCGGACAGCAAACUGUUGGAUGAUGACAUCAGGGAGGAGAUGAAAUACCAUUCGCAUGUUGUGAUGCGACCCAAGAAGCCGCCCAGACCCAAGUCCGAGGUGUUUCUCAACAAACAGGAUCCACAUCCGCGACGAAAACGUUUCAGUGCAUUUGGUGGCGACUCACCAUUCGGAAAGCAGGAAGCCUAUGUCAAACUGGAACCGCUCGGUGAAGGCUCCUAUGCGACAGUCUACAAAGGAUUUAGCAAAUUAACCUACCAGCGUGUUGCACUGAAGGAGAUUCGGCUGCAGGAAGAGGAAGGAGCACCGUUCACGGCCAUCAGAGAGGCAUCGCUGCUCAAAGAACUGAAACACAGCAACAUUGUGACCCUGCACGACAUUGUGCACACCCGCGAGACGCUGACCUUUGUCUUUGAAUAUGUGAAUACGGAUCUAUCGCAAUAUAUGGAGAAGCAUUCGGGCGGUCUGGACCAUCGCAAUGUGCGUCUGUUCCUCUUCCAGCUACUGCGCGGCCUCUCCUACUGCCACAAGCGUCGUGUUCUGCAUCGCGAUGUCAAGCCACAGAAUCUGCUCAUCAGCGACUGCGGCGAACUGAAGCUUGCCGACUUUGGACUGGCCCGUGCCAAGAGCGUUCCCAGCCACACGUAUUCCCAUGAAGUGGUCACGUUAUGGUACCGUCCACCAGAUGUUUUGCUGGGCAGCACAGAGUAUUCGACGUCGCUGGACAUGUGGGGCGUGGGCUGCAUAUUUGUGGAGAUGGUGACCGGAAUGCCGACAUUCCCCGGCAUACGUGAUACAUACGAUCAGCUGGAUAAGAUAUUCAAACUGCUGGGCACGCCCACAGAGGAUACGUGGCCGGGUUGCACACACUUUCCUGGCUACAAACCGCACAAGUUGGGUUUCUAUCGACCACGGAAACUGGGUCACAAUUUUCCACGGCUGUACGACAUCAUCGAGGGCGAAACGAUAGCGAACGCGUUCCUGCAGCUCAAUCCUGAGCAACGCAUCGGCGCCGACGAGGCACUGCAGCAUCCCUACUUUGCGCAAUUGCCAAAGAAACUCUACGAAUUGCCAGACGAAACCUCAAUUUUCACCGUUGAAGGCGUGCAGCUGUAUACGGAACCAAAUCGACAGAAUAAAUGAAAAUUAAAGCAGGUCCUCUCAGUGGAUGGCGUACGUUUCUAUUGUUAGACCAAAACCCGAUCAGCAGCCCAUCAGCAAACCGACAACCAACAACCAUCAACAGCAAUUCUAUCAAACAAUCCACACAACAACCAACUACAACAAAUCGGCAGCCAUAUAAAGGAAGAGUGUACUAACUAAAGUUAUUCCAGGUUCGAUUUUAGAGCUUAGGAAAGGGGUUAAAAGAGGAAAGCAGCAGCAUUUCUAAUUCAGUCAAAUUCGUGCCUGGGCGUGUGUUAAUUAUUGUAGUUUAGUUACUUAGGGUCGUCUUCGUUUAGAGCCUUGUCCAAAAAGGAUACUCAGCUUAGUCAAAUUUGCAGAAAGCAGAAGCACAGGCUUUUCUUUUCAACAAACAAAAAAUAUAUUUUUUUAAAUUAAAUAUAAAUUUGUAUUUAGUCGAUAGGUUCAAAAUGAUUUUUGCAAAGUAUUUUCUUCCUCCUUCCUUCAUUUUCUGUUUACACAACCCAACAAUUUGUACAUUUUUCUCUCUGUGUGCGUGUAAUUAUUGUGUGUUUGGUUGUGUUUUUUCUUUCCUGUGUGUUUGUCCAGCUAUCUUCAUUUCGCAUGCAAACAACAACCCAGGGAUUACUCCCUUAAGCUGGGGAGCAUAAUAAAAUGUAAUCGAUAAUCGAUACUUUCAAUACACUUUUCUUAAAUUGUAAAAAGCAAAAGCAAAGAAAAUAAACAUACUAUAAUCUCCCUGUGUUUCCAAUGACUAGCAUAUAGUUUUUUUCUUCUUCUGGGUCAAAAGCGCCCGGGCCACCUAAGACAAGCAUCUGCAAAAUGCAAAUACAUAAGCUAAAUAGUUCCGAUAUAUCACAAUUUUAAACAGCAAACUUAACUCAAUUUCUCGCGUUGAACAAUAUUUUAAAUUUCGGAUUUUAAUUCGUUAAAUUUCCUAUAUUCGGAAUUCAUUUUGUGAGAAUUGUAAAACGAAUGUUUGCAAAAGGCAUGCCGAUAGGUAGUCCUCAUUCUUGUUUCAUAUAUCAUUUUUAUACAUUUUAUUAUUAUUUUUAAACGCUUCUUUAAUAUUUUAAACAAACAAAAAAAAAAGAGAAACAAUUUGCCGCGCUGUUUAAGUGAUACAAUUUUUUAAUAAUUAAUGAGCAUACAAAUAAUAAAUGAAUUUAUGUAUAAAGCAAACAAAUAAAUUUAAAUCAUUUAUAUCGUAUAAUUUUGUUUUCGUUUUUUAUUAUUUUAUUAUUUCAGCGUUAUUGUUGUUGCUGCUUAAUUAGAACCUCUGAUUAGCAAUUAGAAGUACACAAUAUUAAAACAAAAAAAUGUAGCUGAUGUUGAAUAUUAAAUAAACUAAAAUCACUGAACCACCAGAAAGCGAGACAGCGAGAGUGAAAAAAGAGAGGACGAAACGAUUUAGAAGAAUAGUUCAUACAAUAAACAUUUUUGAAGACAAUUUAUGCGAAUAGUUAAACAAUUAAAAACUAGAAUUGAAAAAAAGUAGUAACAAAUUUUUAGCAAACAACAGCAAAUAAAUUCUAAAUAAAAUAGUCAACAAACAACAAGAUGAUGAACAACUAAAGCUAACAUUAAAUUUAAACAAAAAUAAACCUAACCAAGUAUUUUACAUAGCGUCGUAGAAAAUGAAAACAAAAAAAACCAAUCAAAUCCAUUUCCAUGUUUUAAGAAACGUUACCGAAACACUAAAGAUGAGAGGACGAUAAAAGAGAGGAGAGUAAAAAGAAGAGAAGAGGAGAAAGAAAGUUGUAACAAAUGUGCAAAUUUGAAAUCAAAGACACUUCAAAAUGGUUUUGAAAAAGAAAAUGAAUCAAAAUACUUGAUGUGCGAAGGGAAAGAUGCAACUAUAAAUAAACGUAGAACAAAAAAAAAUAUGUUAACAAUUAUUUACUUAAAUCAAUGAAAUACUUAAAGUGGCGCCCAAAAAAACUUUUAUGGACGAAAAGCCAAAAAUCAAAUAAAUGUAUAUCAAGAACAAAACAUAAAACUAAUCGAGUUUAGCAUAAAUUUCAAUGGAAUUCUAUGACAGCGUCUAAUGAGAUAAUUAACGUAACUAAAUAAAGAAUAUUUUAACAAAUGCCAGCAACGGGCAAACAACUUAGUGCAGACACUGUUCGACGCGGUUAACGUUUUUAAACGCACGCAUUUUAGCAGAGUUUAAAAACGCAACCAACGGAAAAAAAACUUGAUUAUAUUUUGUAGUAGAAAAUAAAAAUAAAACUAAAAGUGAACUUGAACAUUAAACUUGAAAAUUAAUGAAAAGCAAAAAAAA